AUGAGCGACGGGCUACCAUCCUCGUGUGCGACGACACCUGUUGUUUCUAGACCAUCGCAGUUCCCAACAGUUCUUGUCGACUCUUUCGUUCCUGGUUUUUCAGUUCUUACAUCGGCGGCAAAGGCAUAUCUAAAUAUCGACAUCAACGCCUAUAUCCCCAUGGUUCUAAUGGUUGUCGCCAUGACAGUUGCCUGGAGCUUUGGAAGUGAUCCGUUAUGGAACUUUGUUCACUCUUAUCUUCUGUCGUCUGUUACCAUCCGCGCAGAUGACGAGGCUUACAACGUAUUCAUCCUCUGGCUUUCGCAACAACGUUUUGCCCGAAGCUCACGGCACUCCUUCGCCAAUACGGACAUCAGCUCUCGUCACUGGUAUACGUACAUGCACGGCGACUCGGGCGAUGAAGAAGAAGAAGAGUACACCGCCGCGCUACCUGAACAUGCCAAAUUGAAAACUGGUUCUCGAAAAGGUGGUAUCCAUUACACACCUGCUUUUGGAUCACACUACUUCUGGUAUAGAGGUCAUCUACUGGUAUUUGAGCGUCGCCUGAACAAUCAAGAAUCAAAUUUCCAGUCUAUGAGCGAGCGCGAGGAGCUGGUGCUCUUAUGUUUUGGGCGUAACCCUGGCAUUAUCAAAGACUUGCUCUCUGAGGCACGCCAAGCUUACAUGAAACGAGACGAGCAGAAAACUCUGAUCUAUCGUGGGAAUUUUCAGGACACGUCUUGGAAACGUUGUAUGUCACGACUCAAUCGCGCAUUGUCGACAGUAUUCCUCGAUGGAAAAUCUAGGCAAGACCUUCUCAAUGACGCCCGCGAUUAUCUGGAUCCAGAGACCCAACGGUGGUACGCCAACCGCGGCAUCCCUUAUCGGCGCGGCUACCUCUUCCACGGGCCUCCAGGGACUGGAAAAAGUUCGCUGAGUCUCGCCUUGGCCGCACUUUUCCGCUUAAAAAUCUACAUCGUCAGCCUCAGUUCCGCGUUGGCCAGCGAGGAGAAGAUCAUGACACUCUUCAACGAGCUUCCUGUUCGAUGCAUUGUUCUACUGGAAGACAUCGACACUGCCGGCCUGGCCCACACACGUGAAGAAAGCUCAGCGCAAAAGUCGCACGUCACGAAUGGUCGGCCCGACUCGCAUGACGGUCAGCAGCAGGCUGAUGCGGGAUCCAUUCCUACUGCCAACAAAACGCUCUCAUUGUCCGGUCUGCUGAACAUUUUGGACGGUGUUGCUGCGCAAGAGGGCCGCAUCCUUAUUAUGACCACCAAUUAUAUUGACAAACUCGACAAAGCACUCAUACGUCCAGGCCGUGUCGAUAAGAUCAUCCCAUUUGGUCUAGCGGACAGAGACAUUGCCUCGUCGAUAUUUCGCGCGAUCUAUGCGCCGUUUGAAAACGAAUUGACUGAUAUAUCCAAAGGAACGCGUGGGGACACGGCCGAUGAUGAAGACAAGGGCGGAAGCAUGCCAGAAGAUGCGACUGCGGCGAAACGGCAGUUACAAAGUCGCGAGCGGAUCGACGAUUUUGCCCUUUGCUUUGCCAGCAAGUUGCCUGAAAGAGAGUUCAGCCCUGCCGAGAUUCAGGGAUUGCUAUUGCAGCACAAGCACCAACCGGAGAAGGUGAUUGAAACUGUAGAUCAAUGGGUUGCGACAAUGCGUCGUCAAAAGAGUGAAGAAGAACAGGCGCGGAGGUACACUGAAUGA